AUGCUGCCAUAUGUGGGUGCACCGCCUCAUGAUCGACUCAUGAGUAUGCACCCCCUGAGCAACACGAGGAGUGGUUGCGCCAUGAACAACAUGACAAUGAAAGAGGUGUGGGCGAGGCGGAAACUAGGCAACUUCGUGUUGCAGAAUUCCACCUCAGAGUCCUAUCAAUCUCACUGCGAGGCGGCUGGGCCCGAAGCAGUGGAAUUCAACUCCAAUGACACCAUCCAUCGGGUCCGGCAGAAACACACACGGUCCAAGCUGGCGCCCUGUGACAAGUACAAAUGGAUGAAGGUGGCGUCCACCAACAUCGGUUGGCACGCGGACACGGACCACGGCAAGAGUUUGCUCCGGCAUCCGGUGUCCCUUGGAGAUGACCCAUUUUUUUUGGAGCAAGAGGAUGAUGACCCACUUGCAAUGUGA